AUGGGAGGUUCCAAUUCAAGUUCACACAUCCAUUGGCUGGCCCUUCCAAGCUUCUUCUGCCCAACCCUGAGCUCACCACGGUCUAGGAGGUACAACAUUGACUUCAGACCCCCUGUGUACACAUUAGUUGGGCAUGAAGAGGAUUUGCGAGAAGAGGAGCCUGAACUCGAUCGAGCUGAGGAUCGAGUUGAGGACAAGCUCAAGGAUUGGACUUCUCCAAAGGUUCAACAAGUGGCAAGGGAAAGCCAUGGAAAGAUGCAAAAGUCCAUGGACAAGAUGGUGAGCAAGAUCAAGAGUUUGGAGAAGAAGGUUUCUGGUUCUUCAAGCAAGAAGAAGCACCCAUGCCCACUUUCCCUAGGAGUAGAUCACUCCUCACCACCCAAGGAGGACUCCCUGCCCAAGAGCCUCACAGAGCCUCUUCAUUCGAGCCAAGGGAAGGAGAAGACAACACGCAGAGAAGGAGGAAGAGUUCCAAGGCCAGACGCUCCAACUCGAUCGAGUGAACUCGAUCGAGCUGAGGGUCGAGUUGACCUGGAGGAGCCCCUGUUUGAGAACCCUGGAUUCGAGUACGAUCCAACGCCCUACCAGGACUUCCUCAGAGCCACUGGACCCUACAACCGUUCGAGCGAGCACAGCUCCACCAAGGCCAAGGAAGCCACACCACUUCGAGAUGAAGAAGGAAGAAGAGAGCAAGCUCGAUCGAGUGCCGAACCCAGUCGAGUGGAGCGUCUCCUGAUGGCCGUCUCCCAUCUCCAGACCACGACCUUGCCUCCCAGUUCUUUGGGGGGCACUGAGGCUAAGUUUGGGGGUGCCAACUCGAGCUCGAUCGAGUUGGGUGUAAAAACCAGAAAAGUGGUAAAAGUUGGGAAAAUCCAAAGGAAAAAGAGUUUAGUUAAGUCCAGGGAGUUGGCAAAAAGGGUCUAG